AUGUCUUUAUUGGGUGUCCUGUUGUUGAUAGCUGACGAUUGUUUUUUCACGGAUGCGGCGUUCAAUGACAAUAUCGACGAGCGAAACGCGGCCCGCGAGCGCUUCAGGUCGAAGGUAAUUCCAAAAGUCGAAGUGUCAAGCGACGAGGACGAGGGCGAGGACGAUGGCAAGGACAAGGAAGAGGAUAUGGAACAUGCAGCUCCUGUCCGAAAGCCUGCUGUCGCGCCAGUGCAGGUGAACGGACACAGGAGAUUCGAUGAGGCCAGCACUCUGAACACUCCGGACCUCGAAGAGCCAGCUCGCCAUGCAUUCCCUACCUCCAGAGGUAUGCAGCCGACAUUGAGCCCAUCGACGAAUCCGCCAGCGCCAACGUCCGACGCCCGUCUAGACCUAGUGGCAGAAUCCACGACCUCGACCGCCCAUGAUCUCGACCGGUAUCGAUCGCCAACACCGCCGCCACCUGCCCUUUCCGAGAAAGAGCGGAGGAAGUUGAAGAAGAAGGAGGCGAAGCGCGAAUGGGCGCGCAGUGCCUGA